AUGGCUUCCAAGAAAGAUAUGCGGAGGCCCGACCUCAUAAUCCCCUAUCAAGUCCCAGCGCCGAAGGAGAACCCGAGCGAUUUGUCCGGCACGAUAUCAAGCACCCUACCAAUGGCGGCAAUGUUCACGAGGAACAAGUACAUCGGCUGGGCUUCUGUUGUGUUCGCAAUUCAAAAUUGGCUGGGCGAGAGCGCGGAGACGGCUAAGACGUCUUCGCAACCGGCAUAUUUUGCAGUCGGCAUGGCCUUCAUGUCCCUCGCCGUCACAUACAUCCAACUCUUUUUACCACCUCCACCUGUAACAGGCCUAUCGACAGAUGCGCCUCCAGCGGCACCGAUGCCGGGAGCUUAG